ACACGUUAUGAGAAAGUGACAAAAGUAUUUAUGAUAGCUCGUGACGGCCAUUUUACCGUGUUCUUCCAAGCUCACCAUGUUUUUCCUGGCGAAAAUAUCCUGUUUAUUUCUGGUGUUAUGUUCGGUCCAAAGUCUUCAACUGGAGAGCCAGGCGUCGACGAGAAAGCCAAGAGUCACCAAGUAUAGCAAAACGACUAUCAUGCCUGGAGGGUCCACGGAACCAGCAACGGAACGGAGUCUCAUGACGGCCACCUACCGGCUGCUGGGUGGUGGGGGGGAGACCUGUAUACUGUUCACUGUCGACGCCCUCCUCGACAUAUCCUACCUCACUAAGCUGAAUGAGAGAGCGGACGCUAACACAUUCGUGCCGAAUAACGCAAAUGUCGCCGGAGCGUGUAAGGAGAGCGACUUGGAGGUGCUAGUGCUGUCCUUCAAGGAGUUUUCGCUCGAGAUCACAUUCGCUAAGACCCCAGGCGGCGAACGCUGGUAUGCCGACAACAUCCGUCUCACCUACAACUCCAGUGCACGUAUCCUGGAGCACGCAGCGAAGCAGGGCCGAAAGGUUACCCUGACUACUGGUCCCAGGGCUUUGCUGUUCCCGACACCAGUGGGGAAAUCCUUCUACUGCCCAGAGGAGACAAUUAUUGAAUUAGCCGAGGAGGAUAAUAGCAACACCAACAUAGCUCACCGCGCCAAGCUCUACCUCCGUCAGAUGCGCCUCCAAGCCUUCAUGUUCAAGAGAGACGGAGAAUUCGGGCCACCUUGGCACUGCUCCGAUUCUGCCAGAGCGAGAUCUGAAACUGCACCGGUGGCAGUAGGCGCGGCGUUGGCGAUUGCCACCGCUGGCACUUUAGUCGGGUACGCCGUAUGGCGCUACCUGAAAGUCAAGAAAGUACAAUACGACACCAUGGAAUGAGGAGGUUAAGCGUUCUGAAUUUGAAUUAUUUGAAGUUUAUUUUUUUAGACGAAGAGGAUAGAGGCCAGAGCUCCAAAAAUAUCAGCCAAUUUUUUUUUUAUUCCAAUAAGAAUGCUCUCUAUUCUCUUUGUCUUUUAUGGAUUUAGCGAAUUGCUUAAAUAUAGCAUUGAAUCAUAAAAUGAUUCGAUUCAAAAUAUUUUUUUGGCUUGAAAUGGGUACCAAAGUAGGUUUGGGUUGGUGGUGAAAUUGAUGAAAAGGCGUUAUCGGAUGAAGAUAAAUAUAUUGGUAUAUUUUAGAAGCGCGAAGCAUUUUAUUAAUCGUUUGGAUGGAAAAUGAGACAAAACAAAUGAAUUAUGAAUAAAAUGUUUUCGUUUGUCUAAAGAGCGAUCUUUAUGCAAAAUGUUUUGCUUUGGAAAUGUGCCAUAUUAUUCAGGGACAUUAUAAUAUUUUGCAUUGCAUUGCAUAAAAUCAUAUAAUUAAAUUUGGUUUAUGAUAUUUGAAAUUAAUAUAAUAAUUCAGAACGCAAAGUGUAAGUGACUGACGAGUGGAAACUCGUAUGUGAUGUUUUUUUAAUUUAUAAAUUAUUGUAAGGUUUCUUUAGUGGUUAAAGUAGAAGAAAAAACUAGUGACAUUUGCAGUGUGGCAAAAUUCUCAUCUCUUUACUUGUGUAACAUUAAAAUGAAUCCUAUUUUGAGUAACGAUUUAUCAAACAAUAUAAUAUUUUUGUUCAAAAAUUUACAUAAUGUCGAUACAUUACUAGAUCAACAUUAGGAGCAUAAAAAUAAUAAAGAAAAUUUUAAUUAAUUUUAAAAAAUAUCGAUAUCGACAAGUAAACUGAACAACACUAUUUUAUUCCUAAAUGUCAACUGUCAUUUACUUUUUACUUCUUCUACUUUUUUAAGCUUUCUGCGAGAUGCCAAAACAUAUUGUUAUGCCCAGAAUCUUAAAAAAAUUGCCGCACUGAUAUUAAUUUAAAAUUAGUUUAAAAAUAAAUUUGUAAAAUAAACUUCAUAUAAUAUAAGAACCUAAAAGGUCUGUCCAAAAUUGUUUUUCCCAUUAACUUUUUGUGAAAAUAUAUUUUAGCUAGAAUACAAUAUAAUAUUUUAGGUUAGUCCCAAUAUACGGUAGAUUAUGAAAUAAAAAUAAUAUCGAAAGAGAUAGAAAUAUGCAUCUGUCAGUUCGAGGUAAACCAGUUACUCCCAAACUUUUUGCUAAUGUCUAUGUUCAAGUUAUAUCAUUAGUAUCUGUUGUUAAAGUAGGUAUAGAUUAUUAUUAUUAUUGUGUAAGUAAAAUGGUUAAAUUAGCAAUUUAAAACUUACUAUUUUUUGAAGAGAAUAAUAAUUAAUAUAUUAUUUAGU